AUGUUAACGAUGGAACAGAAGAUCGGUGAUGAAGAAACUUCAUCUGAAAGAGUCGGAUAUGUUCCUGAUCCAUUAGCUGAUCCGACUGAAUCCACAAAUUCUGACACCAUUCCUAUUAGUAACAGUGGUGUUCUCGACGUGAAUGGAUCCACCGUAACUUCAGAGGAAAUUAAAAAUUAUGUUUUACGCAAAAUUAAAAAUGACAAAGCAACUGAACAGAUGGAUAUCGAAAGUAUUUACGUAAUUCCUCAUUCAUCGGAACCUGUUAAUGAAUAUUUUAAUCCAAAACUACUACUAGGGCUGUAUCCAACGCUAUUCUGUUAUGGAUAUGGAUCGCCCGAAGAUAAAUCGCGUCCAGUUGAAAUAAAAUUACGAGAACACAUACGUUACCUAUUAUCAUACAACGAUCGACGCUUUGAAACAAAUCAUAGUUUUAUAUUUGUAGUUUUUAAUCUUUUGCAACGGCGUGAUGCUUGUUUUCAUGCUCAACUGAUAGCCACAAAACCUUACUUUCAAGGAUCUGCUCAGGAAAUUCAGUCAUUAAACCGUAACGAUAUUGAAAUGGCUCUCAACAAAAGUGCAAAAAAUACGUUUAGCUCGACAGCCAAUGCAUCAUUACAUAAAUUACUCAAUCAUAUUAAAACCAUCGGUGGUCGAGUUAUGGGUUCAACGUAUUCAAGAACAGCUUUGCGCACUCGUAUUCAUGCACUAAUCUAUAAUCAAGGUCUACCAAGCAUUUUUCUAACUUUGAAUCCAGCUGAUAUUCACAGUCCUGUGGCACUCUAUUUUGCCGGUGUCAAGCUUGAUUUAGACAACAUUCAAAUCGAGCAACUAAUGACGACUUAUAAAAGAGCCGAAAUUAUUGCUUCACAUCCCGUGGCUACUGCCAAGUUUUUCCAUUUAUUAAUCACUAACAUAUUAGAUACUAUGAUAGUUGGUGGUGUUCUUGGACCUAUAAAAGCUUAUUUUGGUACUGUUGAGAAUCAAGGACGUGGUUCUCUUCAUUUACACCUUCUUAUUUGGCUUGAUCAUGAAUUUAAGCCAUCUGAUUUGAAAGAAAAAAUUCAAAAUGCUGAUUUUCGCGAAAAAUUAAAAGCAUAUUUAGAAGAUAUUAUCAAAGAAGACUUAGAUGAAUUCAAAGGCAAACGUACCGUUGAAAAUCCAGAUAGUACAAAAAUUUUUAAUCUUUUUCCCAUGUAA